UUGGAAUCUCAAAUUAAUUAAAUUUCUCAAAAAACAUAAAACAAAACAGCUCUUCCCUUCUCAUUCCAUCUUCCUCUCCCCCGAAGAAUUCUUCUUCUUCUUCUUUUUCGUUGGAUCACAGAGAGAGAAUCACGGUCUCAAAGAAUUCAGGUCUUCCAAACACGUAACCCUCUUCAUUUUCAGAGAGAGGCAAGAGAUCUAGACACUGUAUUUCAAUCCAUGGCUACGCUUCAGACAUGGAGGAAAGCCUAUGGCGCACUUAAAGAUUCUACCAAAGUUGGGCUUGCCCAUGUCAAUAGCGAUUACGCGGAUUUGGAUGUGGCAAUAGUCAAAGCUACUAACCAUGUUGAGUGCCCGCCUAAGGAGAGACACCUCAGAAAAAUUUUGAUUGCUACUUCUGCAAUUAGACCUCGUGCUGAUGUUGCUUAUUGCAUUCAUGCUCUUGCUCGUCGCUUGUCCAAGACUCGGAAUUGGACGGUGGCUUUGAAAGCAUUGAUAGUCAUACAUAGAACCUUAAGGGAGGGCGAUCCAACAUUCAGGGAAGAACUCUUGAAUUUUACACAAAGAGCCCGAAUACUUCAACUAUCUAAUUUUAAGGAUGAUUCAAGUCCAAUUGCUUGGGAUUGCUCUGCCUGGGUACGUACAUAUGCAUUGUUUUUAGAGGAGCGUCUCGAAUGUUUCAGGAUACUGAAGUAUGACAUUGAAUCUGAACGCCUGCCAAGACCUGCCCAAGGUCAGGAGAAGGGAUACAGCAGAACUAGGGAACUGGACAGUGAAGAACUGUUGGAACAUUUGCCUGCUUUGCAACAGCUGUUGUAUCGUCUUAUUGGCUGCAAGCCAGAAGGAGCAGCUAUUGGGAAUUAUGUUAUACAGUACGCCUUGGCACUGGUAUUGAAAGAGAGCUUUAAAAUCUAUUGUGCUAUUAAUGAUGGAAUUAUAAAUCUCGUUGACAAGUUUUUUGAGAUGCCAAGACAUGAGGCGAUCAAAGCCCUUGAUAUCUAUAAAAGAGCUGGCCAACAGGCAGGAAGCCUAUCAGAUUUCUAUGAUAUUUGCAAAGGGUUAGAACUUGCUCGGAAUUUCCAGUUUCCUGUUUUAAGAGAGCCUCCACAGUCAUUUCUUAAUACGAUGGAAGAGUAUAUUAGGGAGGCACCACGAAUGGUUACAGUACCGAAUGAGCCACUGCUGCAACUUACCUACAAGCCAGAAGAAUCUCUUUCCGAGGAUCAAAACUUACCCACUGAUGAGCUGGAGGCUUCUCCUUCAAAUGAUCUUUCUAUUACUCCUGUUGAAACAGCUCCAACACCACCACCUCCAGCACCAGCUCCUGCUCCGGAAAGCCAUUUAGAGACUGGAGAUUUACUGGGAUUGAGCCUUGCUACCACGGAAGUAUCUGCAAUUGAGGAGAGAAAUGCUUUGGCUUUAGCUAUAGUUCCUUCUGGUGAUACAGAAGCACCCACUUUUCACUCCAAUGGUGCACAGGCUAAUGAUUUCGAUCCUACGGGUUGGGAGCUAGCCUUGGUUACUACUCCAAGUACUAACCUGUCAUCAGCUAAUGAGAGACAACUGGCUGGUGGACUGGACACACUCAUUCUCGAUAGUUUAUACGAUGAAGGUGCGUAUAGAGCUUCUCUACAGCCCGUGUAUGGUAAACCCGCACCAAAUCCAUUUGAGGUGCAAGACCCAUUUGCAUAUUCAAAUGCCAUCGCUCCACCUCCAUCAGUUCAAAUGGCACCAUUAGCUCAGCAGCAGGCCAAUCCUUUUGGUCCUUUUCAACCUACCUUCCCACAGCAGCAACAGCCCUUCACGAUGGACCCAACAAAUCCUUUUGGUGAUUCCGGUUUCGGAGCUUUCCCUGCUCCUAACCACCAUACCGUACCACCGCCUGCAAGCAACCCAUUCGGAAGCACGGGCCUCCUGUAGACCACUCGUGGUACCAUCUUCGACGUGUAAUUUAGUCAACAGAUUUGAUUUCAUUGAACUUGGCGGGAUGUAAAGGGUUGGUUUUUGUUGGACGAGCUGCAAAGAACGGUUGGUUUGGGGCGUGCGACUUUUGUUUUGGUUGAAACUUCCAUUGAGAGUGAAUAGUGAAAGGUGUAAUAAGUAGUAAAUGAAAUUCACGAUGAUUUCAAGUUAGCUUUGAAAUACUUGGAACACUGAAUUCUGCUGAUUUCGAGUGCAUUUUCUCAUAGAAUUCGGCUAUAUAAUUUUUAUGCAUACGUAUAUAAUUCAUCAUGCCUUCCAUUGUAA